AAAACUUUAAUAAAAAUAACAAAAUAUCUGUUAAAAACAAUUUAGAAUUGUUACUUUAACAAAGUAACAUGAGUUUCCAACAAAUGUAACAAAAAUAAAUAAAGAAAAUCUUAAUAUUUUAUAAUAGUGUGUAUACAAAGAAAAAAAAUGAUGGCUAGACGUGGUGGGAAACGCAUAAGGAUGGAUGAUCCACCACCCGAUUAUGAAGAGCAAGGGGAAAAUCUCAAUGAUUCCAUAUCGGAUGGUGAUAGUCCCACUAAGCGCAUGACGCGCUUAAGAGCUCGAGGUGGUGUUCGCGAUAAACCACCUAUUAUUGAUGAGGACGAGGAUGAUUUUUUUGCCCCGGUCGUGCGUAAACGUAAACCUCAGGCACCACGCAAACCUCCCGGUGAGGGUACGGGUCGCCGUGAGAAAAUCGAUCGGCCACGCAAAGAACAUAUCGAUAAAGAACAAGAACGCAUUGAUAUGGAACGUGAUGUGACCACAGAUGAGAAUAGUUUAUACUUUAUAGUAAGGCAUUCAAAAUCACCCAUUGCCAGCAUAGUGGACGAUUGGAUAGAACAGUAUAAAAUAAAUCGGGAUACAGCGCUAAUCGCUCUAUUGCAAUUUUUUAUAAAUGCUAGUGGUUGUAAGGGUAAAAUUCCAGAAGAUACCGAACAUCCCAUGGAUCAUACAGCGGUUAUUAGAAAAAUGACAGAAGAGUUUGAUGAGGAAAGUGGUGAAUAUCCUUUGAUUAUACCCGGUCAACAAUGGAAAAAAUUCAAAAUGAAUUUUUGUGAUUUUGUACAAACUUUGGUGAAACAGUGUCAAUACUCUAUAAUAUACGAUCAGUUUUUAAUGGAUAAUGUUAUAUCACUGUUGACGGGUUUGUCCGAUUCCCAAGUACGAGCUUUCAGACACACCGCCACUUUGGCAGCCAUGAAACUUAUGACAGCAUUGGUGGAUGUGGCUCUAUUGGUGUCAAAUAAUUUUGAAAAUGCUGCCAAACAAUAUGAAGCAGAGCGUCUUAAGUCCCGCGAUCGCCGAGCUUCUGAUCGUUUGGAAUCCUUAAUGGCUAAACGAGCUGAGCUAGAAGAGAACAUGGAUGAAAUUAAGAAUAUGUUGACCUAUAUGUUUAAAUCAGUAUUUGUGCAUCGCUAUAGAGAUACUUUGCCCGAUAUCAGAGCUAUUUGUAUGGCCGAAAUAGGUGUUUGGAUGGAAAAUUAUCCUCAAAACUUUUUAGAUGAUUCAUAUCUCAAAUAUAUAGGUUGGACUUUGCACGACAAAGUUGGAGAGGUGCGUUUGCGUUGUCUGCAAGCCUUAUUGCCUUUAUACGACAAGGAGGAACUUAAAGGCAAAUUGGAAUUGUUCACAUCGAAAUUUAAAGAUCGUAUUGUGGCCAUGACUUUGGAUAAGGAAUUUGAAGUGGCGGUUCAUGCGGUUAAAUUGGUUAUAAGUAUAUUAAAAAUUCAUCCGGACAUAUUGGCCGAUAAAGACUGUGAAAUUGUUUAUGAAUUAGUUUAUUCUUCGCAUCGUGGCGUUGCCCAGGCCGCUGCUGAUUUCCUUAAUGUACGCCUAUUUCAUUUAACAGCAGAUAUGGAAGAGACUAAAACGAAAAGAGGCAAAAUACGUCUACCCAAUACUCCGUUAAUACGUGAUUUAGUGCAAUUUAUGAUUGAAUCAGAAUUACAUGAGCACGGUGCCUAUUUAGUGGACUCCUUUAUGGACAACAAUACCAUGGUAAAAGAUUGGGAAUGUAUGACUGAUUUGUUGCUUGAGGAGCCGGGGCCCAAUGAAGAAGUUUUAGACAACAAACAAGAAUCAACAUUAAUUGAAAUUAUGGUCAGUAGUGUGAAGCAGGCGGCGACGGGUGAAGCUCCAGUAGGUCGUGCCAGUAAUCGUAAAAUAUCGCUCAGUGCUAAAGAACUUAAAGCCAUACAAGAUGAAAAAGUGCGUUUAACGGAACAUUUCAUUGUAACUUUGCCGUCGUUAUUGGAGAAAUAUCAGGCGGAUAGUGAGAAAUUAACCAACUUACUGUCUGUUCCGCAAUAUUUUGAGCUAGACAUUUACACCACAAAUCGUCAAGAAGCUAAUUUGCAGGCCUUACUAGAUAAAAUGAGCUAUAUAAUGUCGGUGCACACAGAUCGAGAUGUUUUGGAGACUUGUGCCAAAACAUUGGAGUAUUUGUGUCGAGAAGGUAGUGCUACCUAUACUAGAUGUGAUGUGGCACGUUCAAAUAUCAUAGACAAUGCUGUAAAUAAAUACAAAGAUUCUAUAGAAGAUUGGCGUAAUUUAAUUGCUGGCGAAGAAUUGCCCAAUGAAGAUGAAAUUUAUAAUGUUAUAAGCUCUUUAAAAGUGGUUUCAAUACUCUUCUCCUCGCACAAUUUAAAUCCUUGGAAUCUAUUUGAUUCGGUGUAUCAAGAUGUCGAUGAGUGCCAGUCUAAAGAAAACCCUGGACGUAAUUUACCCAAUGAGGCUUUAACCUAUUGCAUAGAAGCUUGUUAUUUCUCCAUAAGUUGGGGUUUAUAUUACAUAGAAAAUCAAUGUGAAACUUCACAAAUACCCGAGUCAGUGGCCGAGUUAAGAAAGAAUUUGGAUAAAUACAUGUUUGCCUGCUAUGAACUGACACGUGAUGGUCCCACAGAUCAAAUACAAGAAGCGGCUUAUCAAUCUAUAUGUGAUUUAUUAAUAACCUUCUCCGACCAACUGUCACGUAGUGAAAAUACCAAUGUUCGUAGUUUGGAAUACAAAUCCACUUUGGAUGAGCAAUUGGUUUUGAAUAAUUUUGUGCAACACUAUGUGUUUACUCUAAAGCAAGAAGAUCUUCAAGAUGAAAUUCGUAUUAUGGAGCUGCAUAAGAAACGUAACUUUUUGGCUUCCUACUGUAAGCUAGUAGUCUACAAUAUCAUACCCACCAAAAGUGCCGCUGGCAUGUUUAAAUAUUAUGUCAAAUGCUACAAUGAAUAUGGCGACAUUAUCAAGGCCACCUUGGGCAAGGCUCGUGAAAUCAAUAAAGUUAACUUUGCCUUAACUUUACUUUUGAGUUUAAUAGCCGUCUUUAAGGAUUUACAAAGCCAGUCGGAAAACGAAAAUGUCUCUAAGAAUUCUCAUGAGUUUAGCGACUUGAAAGAAUUGGCGAAACGCUUUGCUCUAACAUUCGGUUUCGAUGCCAUUAAAAAUCGUGAACCCAUUAUAGCUUUACAUCGUGCUGGCAUUUUAUUUGCUGUGGGUGAUGUUCCCGAAGAUCCUGUGGCCGCACCAAAACGUUUACUUUUCCUUGAAGUUCUCAAUGAAUUCAAUCAUAAGUUAUUGAAACAGGAUAAGAAAGUCAUAUUGAACUUUUUGGAUCGUCGUAUUUCACCGGGUAUGCCUUCCAGUAAACCAGAGGAAUAUCAACCGCUAACACUGUAUCGCAAUUCUUUGGUACAUGGAGAGACCGAUCAGGUGCCAGUUGCUACAAAACGGGCCUAUGCUCGCAAGAGACAUGAUGACGAAGAAGAGGAGGAUUACGAAGAAGAACACAAUGAUCCUGAUUAUCGUGGUUAAUUAUCUAGAGUAAACAUUUAUUUAGUUGUAAGUAAGUUAUAAUUUUGUAAUUACAAAUAAGUUGAAAAGUGUAAAAUAUCUAACAAAUAAAACAAUAAAUUGUGUUUAAAAGACAAAAUUUUCCACAAAAUAUAAAA